AUGAAGUCUCUUACAAUUCUUGUAGCCGCCAUCUGGGUGUCUGGCACCGCUGCCACGGUUGUCGGUACCGCCGCGCCAAGAGAUAUCAGAGCCCGCGGCAAUAUCACGGGCUUUGAAGACUUUGCCCGCAGCCUCGGUGUGGGCGAUGACGACCUGCAGGCCAUCGCGACAAAGUACGGGUCAGCAAAGCAAAUUCCCAAGUCCGCGGGUGUGGCAUGUCUCCUAGCACAGUACGCACUUGGCGAGUCCCAGGUGGAUACCUCGUCGUUGAACCAAACUGUCGUCGACGAGAAUUGGUCACAGACUUGCCAGAUUGAGCCAUACUGUAUCAUUCAGCCAAGAAAUGCAGGCGAUGUGUCAACAUCCCUUCGCAUCAUUGACUUCUUCGCAGCGAAGUUUGCUGUGCGCAGCGGCGGUCACUCUCCAAACCCGGGCUGGGCCAGUAUCGGCCGUGAGGGCAUCCUUGUGGACCUGCAGAGGCUAAACCAGGUCCAAUUAUCUGACGACCGCAGCUUUGCCAGCGUCGGCCCUGGUGGGAGGUGGGGUGACGUAUACUCAACUCUAGACGCCCAGAAAGCCGUUGUGAUAGGAGGGCGGCUACCAUCUGUUGGUGUUGGAGGUUUGAUCCUAGGCGAGCAGUUUGGCCUUGCUGCAGACAACGUCAAGAACUUUGAGAUCGUUCUUGGAAACGGCACAAUCUCUGAAGUCAAUGCCAACAAGAAUCAAGACCUGUUCUGGGCUCUUAAGGGCGGAGGUCCCAACUUCGGCAUCGUUACCAGAUACGAUCUUUACACGGUCCCGGUGUACGAAGUAUGGGGUGAGAUUCUUAUCUACUCUGUCGAUCAAGCAGAGGACAUCAUCCGGGCGUUUGAUGAGUGGCAGAAGAACGGGGCAACGGACUUCAAGUCGGCCAUAGCCCUGACCAUAUCCCUCGACUCCAUCACCCUCGGCCUCGUGUAUUCCGAACCAUCUGCACAGCGCCCAGCGGUGUUUUCACCGUUCGAGGACUUGACGCCCCUUUUAGUCGCGCUCCCUCCUGUGAACACUACAUUCGCGUUUGUGGCUCAACUGCUUGGCUCUGCUUUCCCGACUCUUCCUGGACGACACGACUACCGAGGACACAGUUCUCGCAUCGACACGGAGGUCACGAUUGACGUGUACAGAUUCUGGCGUGAAAAAGCACUGGACGUUCGAAACGCCACAGGGGCCAACCAGACAUUCGCCAUUCAGCAUGUGGGGGACCACCUCAUCCAGCAAGGCGUUCAGAAGGGGGGGAACCCCCUGAACAUUCCAGCCGGGAAGCAGCAAUGGUGGACGACAAUCAUCGACUGGGAGCACGAAGAAGACGAUGCGCGUGUGCGGGCGGUAUCCAUUGAGACGACGGCAAAAUGGGAAGAGCUAGGCGAAUCACGCGGCUCCAACCUGGCGUUCGUGUACAUGAACGACGCGUCGAGGGACCAGAACCCUCUCAGGUCGUACGGCGCAGCUAAUCUGGACAAGCUGAAGGGCAUUGCUGCCAAAUACGACCCCAAGCAGGUGUUCCAGAAACAGCAGAAUGGCGGGUUCCUGGUUUCGCGUGCCUAA